GAAACGGAACGAUCUUCAAGUUUUCCAUGCGCUUCAUGCGUGAAACGGAACGCACCCCUGCAAAGUCGAGACAAAUUUUGUACAGUCUGUAGAUCGUAGAUGUUAGAUGCGGUCAUGUCCGCCAUAUUUAAAAAUAUUUAAGGUUAUAGUAGAUUAUAGUGAAAAUAGGGGCACUUUUGAUUUCGUGAAUAAUAUAAAUAUUAUAAUGAGUAAAUGUUUAAUUAAAUCUUGUAAAAAUAGAUCACAGAAAAACCCAAAUAUUCGAUUUUUUCGAUUCCCCAAAAAUGAAGUAUUAUUAUCGAAAUGGGUGGCAGCUUGUGAGGAGGAAAAUGUGAACGUGAGAGAUGGACGCAUCUGUUCUGUCCAUUUCAGUGCAACAGCAUUUAAAGAUCUUUCACAUUUAGGCCAUUCACGACAAACUAAAACACGUUUAUUAAAAUCUGAUGCAGUGCCUACACUAAAUUUGAAUCCAUUAACUAGCCAAAGUGAACAAGUAACAUCUUCAGCAACUACAAGAUAUGAUGAAUCUAUAACAAUAUCAAGUGCAAUACCUGCUGCAAAUGAUAUACUAGCUGAAAAACAAAUGGAGGCUUCAACGUCAAAACUUUUGUUAAAAUUUGAAUGUGAUGAAUAUAUACCAAGUACGAUGUCUGUUGGAAAUAAUAUGCUGCCUGAAAAACAAAUGGAGGCUUCAACGUCAGGACUUUUGUUAAAAUUUGAAUGUGACGAAUCUAUGCCAAGUACGAUAUCUACUGCAAAUAAUAUAUUGUCUGAAAAACAAAUAGAGGCUUCAACGCCAAGACUUUUGUUAAAAUUUGAAUGUGAUGAAUCUAUACCAAGUACGAUAUCUGCCGCAAAUAAUAUACUGCCUGAAAAUCAAAUGGAGGUUUCAAUGUCAAGACAUUUGUUAAAUUUUGAUAAAGUUAAUACAAUGUCUGAAAAAUUAUAUCUUCAUGAAAUGGAAAAGUUAAAAAGAAAUGGGCAGAGUUACUGAUUAAGACUCCACAAUAUAAACUUAUCAAUCAAAAACAAAGCGAAUAAAACAAUAUUAAAAAAUAUACACAAAAACAUUCCUUUUACUAGAAUGUCGGCACGUUGAAAAUGGGCACCUACAUUCGACUUGUUGAAACCUGAGACAUAUCAAAAAAACAAAAAAGUGUUUGAUAUAACAUGCUGAUCUAACAUGCU